AUGUCAGAGAUGUACCAGAGCUUCGAGCAGGAUUUUUGCAAAUCUCUAAAUUCUAUCCAAAAAAAGGUAUCAUCCCUUCCAAACCAAAGUAAAGAACUUAAAGAACUUGCCAUAACUGAAGGAGUCAAAGAAAUCUCCGACGCAGAAAAAUGUGUAAGUUCCACAUAGCUUCGCCAAAUGGAAAUCGAGCUAUCAAUGAUGCCAGCAGCAUCACGAGCACAAAUUCAGUCUCAAGUCAGACGGUACCGAGAAGACUUUGAACAAACAAAGCGCGCUUUCAGACAGGAGGAAGCGUCCUAUGCUGAUCAAAAAUCAAGAGAAACUCUUAUGGGGGCACGUUUAGAUAAUGUAAUUGUUACUUACUCCUCCUCUGUGAGCGAACUAAAAUUAUAUGUAAAUUUUAUAGUAAUUCGAAAUAAUUUUAAAGCAAAUAUAUUAAUUUAAUUUGUAAAAUUAUUUUUUAAAAAUGGAAGAUGUUUAAAAUUACAUAGAAUAGGCUAGAGAUUUCUUUAUAAAAAUUAUCACUAUAUAUCAAAAUAUUUUUCUUAUAAAAAAUUUAAUAUUAAGAAAAUUUUCUGUUUACUCACGAUGUGCGGUUUUAACUCAAAAAAUAGGAAAUUUUACAAUGAUUUUGUUCGCUAACAAAGGAGUAUUAGGGUUUUGGGAGGCCUAAUGAGCAUAGAGAAAGACUGCUAAAUACUCAUCAAGUAAUAGCUGAUCAAAAUAAUAGGCUGGAUGAAGGGAAAAGAAUUGCAUUAGAAGCUGAAGGGGUAGCAAUUGAGACCAUGAACCAGCUCAAAGGACAGAGAGACCUUUUAACAAGAUCUAUUUCAAAUAACAGAGAAGUCGGAAAUAAUUUAUCAAAAGGAAACACAUUGAUCAGUACAAUGACGAGAAGAGCAAUUCAAAACAAGCUGCUGAUCAUUGGAAUAGUCAUUUUGCUACUUGGAGUUAUGUGUCUCUUAGUUUAUAUGAAAUUAAGAUAA